GUGCAUCGCAUUUAUUAUUUUAGCGCCUGCAAAAUUGUCAUUCGAUAAUCUAGAUUUGAACAAAGAACAGUUUCUAGAAAACGAUGACAGUAUUCCAGAUACCGUCAUAAAAGUUUAUGAUAUGAACAAAAUGCGUAGUGAUGAAGUCAAUGCAGAUUCUGCUAGAUGGACCGUGAAUACGUGGCCGAAGGAGAUCAUCAUAGACAACGACGAACCUAGUGAUUUUGUGAAUUCUGCUGAUGAUUAUGAAGAAAAAGACGACGAAAAUUCUAUCGACAUAGACGAUAACAACGUUGAAGAAGAAAGUGAAACUUUGGAAGAAAAAAAGAAAACUAUCAAUAGUGUUAAGCAAGCCGAAGUUAGAUACAUGCUAGAUCUACGUGGCUCUGAUGAAUCUGAUUUCGAUCAAGAAGUUUCAGGAAACUACGCUGAUCCAGAUCCUGCAGCAACUGAUUCUUAUUUUAAUAAUGGAGAAAGCACUGUCUCAUUAGAGGUGAGAGCAAGAAGGCUUCAAGGAAAUGCCAGAAGUGCAGCCGAAAGAUCAAAAACGUUGUUGUGCAAGGGUUUGCAGAAAGGGGAAAUGUGUAAAAUUUUAUUCAAAAAUCAUAAUGAUGUAAAUUAG